CAAUCAAACAAGACGAUCUCUCUCUCUCUCUCUCUCUGGAGAGCGUUGCCUCCACGCGACAGACCACCACUAACGAGAAAGAAAGACCCUCCUUCCUUUUUAAAUAUUCAAUCGCCCACAGUUUUGCAUUCACCUAGAGAGAGAGAGAGAGUAAAGAGAGAGAGAGAUGCAGUCGCUGCAGGAGAAGGCAUCGGCAUGGAGCGGCGUGGAUCAGGCUGACGCCUUCGCCAUCGACGAGUUCAAUCUCUUCGAAAAGCUCGGUCUUCAGAGCUUCAUCAACCUCUCCACCAACUUCUACACCAGGGUAUAUGAUGACGAAGAAGAAUGGUUUCGGUCCAUGUUUGCUAACUCUAAGAAAGAAGAUGCCAUUCAGAACCAAUAUGAGUUCUUCGUCCAGCGUAUGGGAGGCCCUCCUCUGUAUUCUCAAAGGAAAGGUCAUCCUGCUCUGAUUGGUCGUCACCGUCCAUUUCCAGUAACUCAUGAAGCUGCGGAGAGAUGGCUACAGCAUAUGCAAAAUGCUAUAGACGAGUCUGUUGACAUUGACCAGGACUCGAAAGUCAAAAUGAUGAACUUCUUCAGGCACACCGCUUUCUUCCUUGUGGCUGGAAACGAGUUGAAGAACCAGAACCAGAACCAGAAUCAGAACAACCAAGUUGCGUGUAAGCACGCUGCCAAUAAACCAGCAGAAGAAGAGUAAUCAAACAACAACAUAUUCUUGUUGUAUUUUUACCUUUCAUAUUGAAAGAGAGUACACAGAUUCAAGGGAAAUUUUAGUCUUUCUUCGAAUAAGCUCUACUACAAGUCUUACUUCUUCCAUGUCACAUGUGUAAUCCGACAUAAAGGAAUCUCAUAAGUAUUAACAAGAUAUUGAACUUUAAGAUGUUGUAAUGUGACAAACAAUACACUUUCUCUA